AGUUCAGGGAGAGCGGCAGAGCGCAACAUCUGCUGCUACUGACUCCGCUCAGCCCGGUCAGACUCCGCGCUGUCUCUCCAAAAUAUCCCCGGCUCUCCUCACGUCUCCACGAACCCGCUACUGUUUCUCUUCCACAAAAGGUUUCUUCACUUUCCUCCUGCGUCCUUCUCUCCGCGGUCUCUCCUCGGUGUCUCUGGGAGCGCACCGCCCGAGCUUUUUGCGCACGGACACUUCUCCACAUUCCCGCUUAUACCUGCUGCGCUCUGCUUAUCAUUUCACUCUUAAGAGUCCCAAGCGGCAGCCGCAUACCCCGGGGCUACCGUACUUACUCUGUUAAGGUUCAGGUACUAGUUUCAAGUUGCGCUCGGACUGAAGAACAAUGUGAUUUUGGCUCAUGGGGAUUUAGUGUCGUGACCGUUUUCGGGACCCGGCGUCUCCACAGAGAAAUGGGACUCUCUGCAUUUAUGGUCACAUGAAUGUCAGCGCUGCAGGCCAGAUGCCGGUGAUGGAGGAGCUUGUCAGUGAGAGCGACAGCAUGCCAAAGCGGAUGGCUCUGAUCUGCUUCCUGUCUCUGGUCAUGCUGAUGAGCAUCCUGGGAAACCUGCUGGUCAUGGUGGCCGUCUGCAAGGACAGGCAACUCAGGAAAAUCAAGACCAACUACUUCAUCGUGUCUUUGGCGUUUGCCGACUUGCUGGUGUCGGUGCUGGUGAUGCCGUUCGGCGCCAUUGAGCUGGUCACCCAGAACUGGAUCUACGGUGACACCUUCUGCCUGGUCCGGACCUCACUGGACGUCCUGCUGACCACCGCGUCAAUACUGCACCUGUGCUGCAUCGCCCUGGACAGGUACUAUGCGAUCUGCUGCCAGCCUCUGGUCUACCAGAACAAAAUGACGCCCAUGCGAGUGGCUCUGAUGAUCGGCGGCUGCUGGGUCAUUCCCACCUUCAUCUCUUUUCUUCCCAUCAUGCAGGGUUGGAACAGCAUUGGCAUCGACGAAUGGAUUGAGAAAAGGCGCGACAGUGUAGGCAACUCCACAUCCUGUGUCUUCAUGGUCAACAAGCCAUACGCCCUCACCUGCUCUGUGGUGGCCUUCUACAUUCCUCUGGUCCUCAUGGUGCUGGCCUACCAGAGGAUUUACGUCACGGCCCGUGCACACGCCCGACAGAUCAGCAUGCUGCAACGGGCCGGAGGAGCCGGUGGUACGGACUCUGCUGAUCAUCAACGAAACCAUCGUAUGCGAACAGAAACUAAAGCAGCCAAGACGCUUUGCAUCAUCAUGGGGUGUUUCUGUCUCUGCUGGGCGCCGUUCUUCAUCACCAAUGUAGUGGACCCCUUCAUAAACUACACAGUGCCGGAACAGUUGUGGGCAGCCUGCCUGUGGCUGGGCUACAUCAACUCCAUGCUGAACCCCAUCCUCUACGCCUUUCUCAACAAGUCCUUCCGCCGUGCCUUCCUCAUCAUCCUGUGCUGCGGGAGGAAGAGGUACCGUAGGCCGUCCAUCCUGGGAUCCAGCGCUCCCUGCGCAGCCACACAGAUCAACGGCUCCACGCAUGUACUCAAGUAUUCUGUCCUUCACAACGGGAACCACAUGGAGCAGAAAAAAAGUCCGGAGAAAAAGUCUCUACACAUCAACACAGAGUCCAACGAGUCCUGCUUGUGACCAACGACGACUCCGCCGUCACAUCUCCAACAACUUCGGUUCUCCCACCGUCACCACAGGAGCCGAUGAAAACACAUCACAGCCUUCACUCGCCCGGAGCUGAAAUCCAGCACAGAUGAUACGAAUGCUCCAAACCGGAGCCUUGAUGGGACUUAAGGGGGAUCCAGACGAGGAAUGUGACUUUGCCAGAUGUGCAUCUGGUUUCAAAGCUCAGCCAAAACUCGAUCUGUGGUCUUAAAAGGCGGCACGGACCUGGUAGACUGAAGCAAAACCAGUUCUCUCUCUGUCUCUCUCUCUGAUGCUGGUUCUCUUCUGCUAGUUCUCCUGCUUGCUUGUCCACAGAGACUGAGCUGGCCCAGUCGAACUGAACCAGAAUGCGACUGCGAUCCCAUCUGCACGUGGGAUGUUGAGGCCUGCAGUCACUCUUUGUGAAGUCCAGGUUGGCUUGUGGAGAACCAGCAGCUUCGGUGGAGCAUGCAGGAGAUUUUCAAAGCACGAGAUGUGAUUAAUGACUGCGUUGGGGAGUCAUAGAAGCAAAUUAUGUUGCCAAAGCUAUUUGAUAUUCCAAACAGUGGACCUAUCCCUGAUUAUUAUAUGAUGCUCCCUGUUAUUUUCCAGUGUAAAAUCAUACAGAUGACGAUAGAUUCGAGAAGGUUGCUGUUGUAUGACGAGUGUAAUAAUUUCGUAAAAAUGAGCUUUUAAAACAAGUGUUAUUUAUGAAAAGAGGAAGAGUUUAGAAAAGUAUUCCUUUUGCUAAACAUCAAGUGCGUUUGCCUUGACACAAAACCGAAGAACCUGUUUGUGUCCCAGGUCGAAGCCUCUCAGCUUUGCUAAAUCCUCACUAAGCUGAAAGGAAAAAUGUGGUUGCAAGGCUGCGUUCAAUCCUUGACCUAAACUGUCGAAGUGCAUUAUUAUAGAGGCUGCUAGCUCACACUCCGUGUUCAUGAUGAUGUUGGAGCAAUACGUGCAUGGUUAUGGUGUGUGUGCGUGUGUCUGUAUGUGUGUUUCCAGGGUGAUCCCAUUUCAUACGACCGUGCUUCUCAAUGUGUGUGUGCGUGUGUGUGUGUACAUGCCCUCAUGUGUGAUGUCAGUAUAUAUGAAACACUCUUUCUCAUCAUCCCGAGCUGUUUUGUUCCCACUCCAUCUCGACAUUCCAUAUGUUCCUUCUGCCUCUGCUUGCUUCGGAGGCCAUGUCAAAGAAUGUGCCAGAAAUGUUUCCACAUGUUUAUUUUCAUGGAGACAAAGAACACUAAAGCCAGCUGUU